AUGUCUAACGAUAACGUGAGAGAAAAUUGGCAAAACGAUUUUUUCAGUGCAUUAAAAAAUUCACAAAAUUAUAAAAUAUUACUCGAGGAAGAAUACGACGAGAUACUAAAAGAUAUGCAUGAAGUGAAGUUGAACGGACCCAAAACUAGUCGGCAAUAUAGACGAAUAAAAAGGUACGAUAUAUUAGAAGUUGCUGGUGUAUCAAAAUUAAUUGCCAAGUGCAAUGAUGGGGAAAUAAAAUAUUAUGUUCCUCUCGAAAAAAUGUUCAAUAUUUUGGAAGCAUCACAUAUUGCUACUGGUCAUGGAGGUCGCGACAGAAUGUUGGACGAAACAAACAAAAAAUAUGCCAACAUAACGCGUGACGUUGUGAACACGUUUUUAUCCAAAUGCGAAAUAUGCCAUUUGAAAAAAGUGAAAAGGAAACGCGGUUUAGUUUCAAAACCAAUUCUUCAUUCUGAAAUGAAUAGUCGAUGCCAAGUUGAUUUAAUCGAUUUACAGUCGCAAGCUGAUCAACAAUUUAAAUUUAUCAUGGUUUAUCAAGAUCAUCUCACGAAAUUUGUUCUCCUUCGACCACUAACAUCAAAACGUGCAGAAGAGAUUAAUAAAGCUUUAUUUACAUAG